GUGCCUUUUUAUAUAGUGUAUGUAAACUUAUGGUUUCAACUGUAGAGCAGAAAUAUCUGUUGAAGUCCACAUGUGUGUAAAUAAGUUUAAGAAAAAAAUCUAAAAUGGGAACACAGGCCAAAUGUUUUGAUCACUAUUAUAAAGUGUUGCAGAAAAAAUCCAUAGCUAUUGGUGCUUUAGAGGGAUCUGGGGAUGUGAGGAAAUAAAAUGUUUGGUACUGAAAAUGUUUGCUGUUUUAAAUCAAUAUGUUUUAACACAGAUGUGCAUAGUUGUGUUCCUAAUUUAAAGGUAAUUAGGGGUAAUCAGGUCUUUGUUGUUUUUGUUAAAGACAUAUUUAUAUUAAAUACAGAGACCUGUCAGUAAUUUAAUUGCAGAAACUGUUUUUUUUUUCUGUAACUGGGGGAAUUUUUUUGCAGAAAAUCGCCUGAUACCGAUCCUGGGCCCCAUAUUGAAUCGAAUUGAAAUCAUAUCGUGGCAGAUUUUGUGAUAUCGGAAAAAAUCUAUCUUUUUCCAAAAUAUCGAAACCGUAUUGUAUCGGGAUGAAAGUGGUGAUUUACACCCCUAGCUUCGGCUAAUCCUGUGGUGUGAGGUGUGAAAAUAGUGAUUUUACCCUUCCAUAGCUGCUUGGAAGAUGGUCACAGCCACUCCAACUUGAGAUUCUAAAUAUUAAAACAUGUUCAUCAGGAAGCAAGCCGACCAAAGGAGGAAGCACAACAAACACAGCUAUGGUGACGGUAAUAAAGAUGAUGCAUAAAGUUUGAUGGUUCUUUCUGUUUUUGUUGAUUUAUUUGCUUGAUGGAUGGGUUGUUGACCAUGACACAUGAUGUCAAAAUAGUAAAAUAACAUUGACAAGUAAUGAUUUCUAAUUCCUUCAUUUUUCUUUCUCCUAUUAGAUGAUGCUGUAGAGUUGGAUUUUCUCCGAAAUCUCAGUGAAAUGAAAACUUUAGCCAAUAAAAACUGGGAUCUUUUCAGAAAAAAUGAAGUACAGAGGAAAACAAUGGUCCAUUUCAUCAUUGUUGAUUUUAAUGAUGAAUAUCCACAUAGGUCUACCCAUCACAUGUCACCGCACAGAGUAUCUCUUUGGAUCUGAGUGCUGUCCGAUGUGCCCUGUUGGAAACCGAGUAAAAACAGAUUGUGAGGAGGACAAAAGUACCUCCUGUCAGCCGUGCACAGAGGGAACCUUCAUGAAUAAACUAAAUGGGCUCAAACAGUGUUUUCCCUGCACAGAAUGUCUCAGAGAUUCUGGUCUAAGGAUAAAGUCAGUGUGUACAAAAGCAUCAGACACAGUCUGUGAACCUCUGGAAGGAUUUUACUGCAUAGAGUCUGCAGAGGAAGGCUGCAGCCAAGCCAAGAAACACAAAAACUGCAAAGCAGGAGAAUACAUCAGAGAGAGAGGAACACCAGUCUUAGACACGCUCUGCUCUGCAUGCUCUGCAGGAACAUUUUCAAACGGGACGUUAACGUCAUGUCAGCAACACAGACAAUGUGAAUCAGAUAAUCUGGUGCAGCUGAAACCGGGAACUGAAUCAAAAGAUGCUGAAUGUGGAGAACGGCAAUCAGACAUGACAGCAGUGAUCGUUCCUGUUGCUGUUAUUGGUAGUUUAGCUGUUUUAGGUAUGGUAGUGUUCAUUUUCCGAAAGAAGAUAAAAGACCUUCUAAAUAUAGAAAAAAAGGGAACAGCAGAAAACGGCAAACUGGACAAAAAGAAACCAAAGGAAAGACAAAACUCAUCCAUCCCAGAAGAGCAGGUCAUGAUGGACAUUGUGCGAGAGUAAGCAAGCAGACGUCGUCAUGUACCCUGCAGGGUUAAUGUUCUCCAGGAUCUGGUUCAUAUCUAGCUGGAUCCUGGUGCAAUAUCUCCGCAGAGUUCAUAAAAAUCAUCAGUCUGCCACGCUUAAAACAACAGCAGACAGCAAAACAGAUCCACCAGUCCAUGCUCUCAGAGUCCUCCUCCUGUUAGAAUGAGCUGGAAUGGAUUCUUAAAGACCCUGUAAAGUGAAAUGUAAACUUUGUGUCUGAACUAGGGGUGGGCGUUUUGUAAGAAAAGAAGAGUCUCAUAAACAACAACAGUUAGCUUCACAUUAGCACCUUUAGCCUGUGAGCACAUUGGCCGCUAGCACAACUUAAAAGCUUACAACAGCCAAAUACCAUUCUCCAACAACAACAACGAAGCAUCCAAACAUACUUCCCCAGUGUUCUGUUAACUGGACACUGCAUUAGAACUCUGUAUUUCAAAUUAAAAAUGAGUCUUA